GAAAGCCCCGUGGCUGGCCUGGGCUUGGCUGGGCUGGGCCGGGCCGGGCCGGGCCGGGCCGGGUGGCUGGCUGCAUGGCGGCCUGCGAGCGGCUGGACGGAGGCGCCCUCCGGGAGCUGCUGGCGCGCACCCAGGGCGUGCUGUUCGACUGCGACGGGGUGCUGUGGAACGGGGAGCGCGCCGUGCCGGGCGCGCCGGAGCUGCUGGAGCGGCUGGGCCGCGGCGGCAAGGCGGCGCUCUUCGUGAGCAACAACAGCCGGCGCUCGGUGGCGGAGCUGGCGGCCCGCUUCGCGCGCCUCGGCUUCCGCGGCGUGGCGGCCGAGCAGCUCUUCAGCUCGGCGCUGUGCGCGGCGCGCCUGCUGAGCCAGCGCCUGCCGCGGCCCUGCCCGCCGGGCGCCGUCUUCGUCCUGGGGGGCGACGGGCUGCGCGGCGAGCUGCGGGCCGCGGGGCUGCGCCUGGCCGGCGAGGAGCCGGGGCCCGUGCGCGCCGUCCUCGUGGGCUACGACGAGCACUUCUCCUUCGCCAAGCUGAGCGAGGCCUGCGCCCACCUGCGCGACCCCGACUGCCUGCUGGUGGCCACCGACGUGGACCCGUGGCACCCGCUCAGCGACGGCCGCACCACCCCGGGGACCGGGAGCCUGACGGCGGCUGUCGAGACAGCUUCGGGGCGGCGGGCAGUGGUGGUGGGCAAGCCCAGCACCUACAUGUUCGAGUGCAUCACGGAGCACUUUGGUGUGGACCCGGCUCGCACCCUGAUGGUGGGCGACCGCCUGGAGACGGACAUCCUUUUUGGUCACCGUUGCGGCCUGACCACCGUGCUCACCCUCACCGGCGUGUCCCGCCUGGAUCAGGCCCAGGCCUAUUUGGCUGCAGGCCAGCUUGACCUGGUGCCUCACUACUACGUGGACAGUAUCGCAGACUUGAUAGCAGGACUAGCGGACUGAGGCAGCCUGACUGGAGGCAGGGCCGCCAAGGGGCCCGGCUGUCACCUUAUUCCUGUGUCCUGUCCCCUGUUCUCUGACACCAUGGGUACGAGAGGACUCCUUCCCCAGUCCCCCGGUCCUGAUCAGUUUGGACGCUUCCUUCCCCCAGCCCUGAGAGGAGACACACACACGCAUUCUCCAUCUCUUUGGAUCAGUUUCUGCCUCCCAGACCCCCAAGGAACCUAGUGAUUUCUCCCUUUAGGAUGGCCUAGGUGUCCUCUCCCUCCAUGAUCUCCUGCUUCCCUUUACUGGGAACUUUUUUCUUAAUUUUCCUAAUGGCAGCAUCCCAGCUCCUGUCAGCUCCCUUCUCUCAGCUCCGACUUGGUUGAUGCUGCCUUAAUGUCUCUUUCUCCCCCUUUCUCUCUUUUAGACCCACAACUCUGGGAACAAGGGGUGCCUCAGUUUCCUUCUUUGUAAAAAUGAGGUUUUGGAUUAACUGGCCUCUGAGGUCCCUUCCAGCUCUGAAUCUGUGAUCCCAACAUGUUCUUUCUUGAAACACUGUGCCAGUAAUUCCCAAACCUUUGUUCUGCCUGAAUUGGGGGCUUCCCCUCUCCCAUGUGUGCGCACGUGCACACACACACACACACACACACACACACACACACACACAGCUUUCUGAUGGGUUGAGCUUGGAGCCCUGGAUCCAACUGAGCCAGCCAGUCUGGUUUAAAGUUCUGGCAUAUCAACCAAUAUGGGUCAUUAAGACCUGUCUCCUAAAGGACCAAUCAGGGCUGGAAUCCAUUGAAAUUUCAGGUUCUAGUGGACCAAGGGGAGGGGGUACCUUGAGUGCCAACUUGAGGGGCCAUGUGGCUCCUGCCCUGAUUUUAAGUCAAAAGAGGACCCUGUUCCCCAUAGGCUGUGACGGACAUGGUGGGACCCUAAAUUCCUUUCCCUGAGAUUGUUGAUGUGCUUGCCCUCCUGCCCCGGUAUUUAUUUAUUUAUCAAUUUAUGAAGAUUUUCAGAUGCACCAGGAGGGGUUACCGUGACAUCUCUAAAUGUACCCAGCUCCCCUUUUCCCUCUUCCCCCCAGGAACUUGAAACCGAAUAAAUUUAGCCCUGGAAUUCCUGUGUAUCUGUCUCUGGGGUGUAGUAAUCAUGAGGACAGAGGCCUUCCUCAGGGCUGUCCUGCCUAUUCUUGGCUGUCCAGUGUCUGGUCUACACCUGUCACUCCAUUCCCCUUAAAUGUUGGAAAGUCAAUCUGUAAUAGAAUCUCUCACAUGAGCCCCUUAGUCUACUUAGACAUAAGGAAAGUGAAUCCUUGCUCCCUCACCCAAGAUCCCAAGUCCUAUAGAGAUCCUAUGUAUGGAUUCUUAGUGUUUGUGUCUAGGGCACAAACUCUCCCAGACUCUCUCCCAACACUGUAUCUAAUGGGUACUGAAUAAACAUGGAAGUCGCCACGAGAACUUCCUGGAGAAAGAGCUUAGGAGCAAGGAUUGGAGAGGAGCCAGAAGGAUGCUGGUCUUGUGAAAGAUGGCUAGGGGAAUGACCUGUAGGAAGAGAUCCUCAGAGCACAAGGCCUUUUGUCCUCCUCCCAGAGAUUGGCCAAAUGCAUGGUCUUCGUAGUUACUGCCACCCUGAGGUGGAAGGAAUCCCAGUGGUCCAGGAAGUUUCCUGGAGAAGAUGGGGUUAAAUUUAUAGCCAGAAGAAACCAUACAAGUCACUUAGUACGGUGGUUCUCAAACUUUUAUUCUCAGUAUCUUUAUGCUAAAACUUACUGCAGAUCUGUCUGAGGGUUUUGUGUUAAUGUGAUUUAUAUUUCCCUUAUUAGAAAUAAAAGACAAUUUUGAAUUUGUGA